CAUGCGCCCUGCGUGGUUCUGGGAAGCCAUGUUAAAGUUACAGUGAAGUCGGACUGAGAUUUUCCUGCCUUUCUGCGUUGUUUUGUUUUUGUUUUUUCUUUUCAUUUUUCUGGUCUGUCCUUUUAUCACUGGGGACCUGAAGACAUCGAAAAGAAAAGGGAGAGGCCGCACAUCGGCAGAGAUCCGCACACACCAGCGGCGAUUCCUUAAGUCGAAACGGUGGAGUUCAAAUAAUGAAUUCCAGUUUCGACCUGUCCAGAAGGAAUCCGCAGGAGGAUUUCGAGCUAAUUCAGCGGAUAGGAAGUGGCACAUAUGGAGAUGUCUACAAGGCUCGAAAUGUGAAUACUGGGGAGUUAGCAGCCAUUAAGGUCAUUAAGUUGGAACCUGGUGAGGACUUUGCAGUCGUUCAGCAGGAGAUUGUGAUGAUGAAGGACUGCAAGCAUUCCAACAUCGUGGCCUACUUUGGAAGCUAUCUCAGACGAGAUAAAUUAUGGAUUUGCAUGGAGUUUUGCGGUGGAGGAUCACUGCAGGAUAUAUAUCACGUGACUGGGCCGCUGCUGGAAGCACAGAUAGCAUAUGUGUGUCGAGAAACAUUACAGGGUUUAUACUACCUUCACAGUAAAGGAAAAAUGCACCGAGACAUUAAGGGGGCCAAUAUUCUUUUAACGGAUAAUGGUUAUGUGAAACUGGCUGACUUUGGUGUGUCUGCUCAGAUAACAGCUACAUUAGCCAAAAGAAAAUCUUUCAUUGGAACUCCAUACUGGAUGGCUCCUGAAGUUGCUGCAGUAGAAAGGAAAGGGGGCUACAAUCAGUUAUGUGACAUCUGGGCUGUUGGAAUAACAGCGAUAGAGCUGGCAGAGCUGCAGCCUCCAAUGUUUGACUUGCAUCCCAUGAGAGCUUUAUUCCUCAUGACGAAAAGCAAUUUUCAACCUCCAAAACUUAAAGACAAAGUUAAAUGGACAAAUAAUUUUCAUCAUUUCGUGAAAAUGGCACUGACCAAGAAUCCUAAGAAACGGCCUACAGCUGAGAAGCUUUUACAGCAUCCAUUUGUAACUCAACCAUUGAGCCGAACCCUAGCAAUUGAAUUGCUGGAUAAAGCAAAUAAUCCUGAUCAUAGUACUUACCACGAUUUUGAUGACGAUGAUCCUGAGUUUAAAUAUUUGGGAAUCUUUUGUCCUGCCUCUCCUCGUUCAAGGCGAGCCCUUCGCUUUGCAGCCCGCCCAAAGCCACCGAUUGUUGUGCCGCACAGAAUCCACUCCACGAGUCGAAAUGUGAGGGAGGAGAAGACGCGCUCGGAGAUCAACUUUGGACAAGUAAAGUUUGAUCCACCGAUGAGAAAGGAGACAGAACCACACCAUGAGCUCCCUGACAGUGAGGAUUUUUUGGACUGUUCAGAAGAAUUGUACUACACAGCAAGAUCAAACCUGGAUAUUCAACUAGAAUACGCACAAGGACCUCAGAGUAGUUGUUUCUUCGGACAAAAUAAGAGCCUGCUAAAAUCCGUGGAAGAAGAGCUUCAUCAGAGGGGACAUGUGGCACAUUUAGAGGAUGAUGAUGGUGAUGGUGAUGAAACUCAACACUCUUCCAGCUCAACAAUGAGACCCAAAGUGCCGCCACCUCUACCGCCCAAGCCCAAGUCAAUCUACGUCCCCCAAGAGAGCCAUUCCGUCGACGAAGACAGCCAAGGGACCAUUAAGAGAUGUCCGUCGACGCAGAGCCCUGCCAGGCCACAAACCAAUGUUCCUCCCAGACCCCCACCUCCCCGGCUUCCCCCUCACAAACUCAGCAGCUUAGGGAAUGGCAUCAAUGCCUGUCAGUUAAACGGUGACAAAGACAGCUACGGCCAGCAGAGCAGCGAGAAGCAGAGCACCAUCCCGCCCGCCGUGCCCACCAGAAAGGAUAAGAAAGAAACCGUGAAACCAAUAAGCAACGGCCUUCCACCGACUCCCAAAGUGCAUAUGGGAGCCUGUUUCUCAAAGGUCUUCAACGGCUGUCCUUUAAAAAUCCAUUGUGCCACGUCAUGGAUAAAUCCAGACACGCGAGAUGUCAAUGCCAUUUUAGACGUUGCUUAUGCUACUCACAUAUGCACAGAGAUCAAAGGUCAAAUCAAUGAAGCCAUCUUUCCUUCUACCAAAGAGAGUUGA